AUGCAAGAUGAUGAGGAUGAUGUGAAGAAAAAGAAAAAAGAAAAUAGACAAUACUUUAAUGACCCAGAUGAGGUAUCAAUAGAUGUCUCUUCAGUUGAUAUAUUUUCUCUGGCAAGGCAUGGUAGAUUUCAGCAAUUGAAAAAAAUACUUGAACUAGGAGUUGAUCCCAAUUCUAAAGAUAAAUUCGGGAACACCAUUCUCAUUGUAGGAGCCUAAAAUGGCAAUAAAAGUAUUGUGAAAUUAGCCUUGAGAUUUGGAGGUCACAUUAAUAUGACAAAUUGCCAAGACAUGAUGACAUUGUCUAUACAUUCGAUUACAACAAGAGCUGGGCCUAUGUAAAGUGCUGACCAAACUGAUAUGGAACCAGAUUUUGCCUAAAGUGAUUUUGAGACCAAAAGAAAAGAAAUAUAAUUAAUAGAAAGUGAUUUUGAUUCUGACAAGAUGAAAGCUGAAAUUAUCUAAUAGGCUAGAGAAGUUAUGGAGGUCUAUAAAACUAUAUAGAAGGAUAUUAAUUUGCUAGAUGAUGAUUAUAAUAAAGAUGAGGACUAGUUAUUUAAUGAGCUCAGAGAUAUUUAAAAUAGGAAUAAGGACUCAAUUAGAAAGUACAAAGAGACCAAGUAAACUGCUGCUAUUGUAAAAGAAUAAUUAAGCAGUGUUUUAAAUAGCUUUGAUUGA